CAGUUGGACACCGACACCAGAGAGCUUGACUUCUCUUUUAAAUUAUUGUAUUCAGUAUCGCAUCGAACACUAAAGUCAUUAGAACUCACGAUUGACAGAAUAAUUUUUCAUGCACGAACCUCUUGAGAUUGAUAAAUCAUUGCUGAUUUGAAUUUUAAAUUUUACUUGUUCAGAAUUACGCGUCUGACUCGGUGAAAUCACGAUUGAAUUUUUUCUCUUUAGUGAAAUUUUUAUCAAGUUGGAGAUCAACCUGAAAUUAACGUGAGGGGUUGUCAAACAUUGCGUGUUAUCUGACAUCAAUUUUCCCCGUCUUUGUUUGUCUGUUGCACAAUAUUUAUUUGAAUCGUUGAUAACGAUUGACGUAUAAAAAUCGCAUUGAAAAAGCUGUGGAGAGCUAUUCCAUCGGAAUUUUCAGUGUGGAUUUAUUCGUUAUGGCGAGAAUAGUUAAUUCGUCGGGUCAGGAUUUGUACGAGACGAAAAAGGGAAUAGGAAGGAGAGAUGCAAUUCCAAUUAUCCAUACGAGGGGAACACACUACGAAAUUGGAUACGAUAUUGGGCGAACUUUUGCAAAAAUGAUCAAUGACUUUGUCGAUUGUUACGGACCACUGAAUGAGUCUUAUCUCGAUGUCUAUAAUACUAAGGACGGACGAAAAGUCUAUGAGGAGACUUUGACAGCUGUCAAAUCACAGUUCCCUGAAUAUUUACGAGAAAUAGAAGGAACUGCUGAUGGAGCCAAUGUUCCAUUUUAUAAGCUUUUCCUCAUGCACCUCGACGAUAUCCUUCCCAAUGUCGUCAAUGGGGCAGGCAUAAGCACAAAUCAACCUGUCGGCUGUUCAUCCAUCGCGUGCAAUUAUCCAGGACAGGAAAUUUUGGGGCAUAACGAGGAUGCACUUGCUGAGACAUUGAAUUUCUGGUACAUAGCGAGUGUACAUGUGACAGAGCCUGGAUUUAGGGAAGAAAAAUUCACCUCUCUCUGUUACGCUGGAUUUCUCCCGGGAUACACGAUGGGCUUUAACAGUCAUGGACUAGUUUUUUGUGUCAAUACACUGAGUGCAAGGACGUUGAGAUCCGGAAAAACACCGAGAUAUUUCCUGGCUCGAUCUCUUCUGGGAGUUGCGAACUUCGAACAAGCCCAGAAAACACUCAGGAAUAAGGGGUUCGGAGCUGCUGAAGGAUUUUCGGUUAAUAUGACGUUCUUGGAUCAGGAGGGGGAUAGAUUGUUUCAUAAUGCUGAGGUAGGACCGGUGGAAGCUGAUUCCCAUGAGUCUCAGCUUAGUAUCUACACCGCCAGUCCCGGGGAGAAUAUUGCCCAUUGCAAUAAAUAUCUUCGAUUGAAUGUGCCCGAGGUUGACGGAGUGAUAAUAUCAAGCAGUGAGCACAGACACGCUGCGAUAGCUCGUCAUCCACCUCCACGAACUCGUCGAGAGGUAAUGGACAUUUUGAGUGAUCAAACAGACAACGAGUACAGAGUCUAUCAAGAAUUCGGACCUGAUGAUUACGUGAAGACAAUCGCAACUGGCAUAUUUGAUUGCGUGAAGAGAACCUGGUCGAUCUACACUGACAAACCAAAAUACAACGAGCCCCUCGUUGUCAUACCCAUUCGCACCGAGACCCAUUAAUUCAUUCAUGCUGCAAUUAUCUUUUCACACCUGUCAUAACUGGUGUAAGCGCGAUUUCAAGCCAAUGAAAAAUUAAUAAUUCAUAAUUAUUACAAAACGACUUAGCUCAUUUAUUUAUCAAUAUUUCAAAAUGCAUCGUGAUUAUCUAUAAUUCGAAGAGUUCAAUUUUUUACAAGCUCCUACUUUUCGUGGGCAUAUUAACCCUGCGGAUCUCUUGAUUCGAGUGUUGCGACGAUGUUUCAGGGAUUUAUAUAAAAAUAUAGCUGAACCUCCGAGUGACUAAC